AUGGAGAAAGCCGUCGAGCACAUGGCAGCCUACAUAAAUGAAAUACGGACAUUGGCGAAGAAGUGGUGUCAAUCUAUUGACAAGCACGCCGAGUGUCUAGACGAUCUUGGGGGCAAGAAGCUGGUUCCGUGGCGUGACUUGAUAGCAGGUUCAAAUUACAACAAGUCAAAUGAUAGUGGGGAUUUCAACGAUCUUGUCCAGGAACUAAAGGGUCAUGGCAUGAGACGAGUCAUAAACAUGAUGGAAAAAACCAGGGCACCUGUUACAGAGCAGAUUAUGGAGUGCAGAGAAGUGGUUCACGCUUGGAGGAGCCAACAAGAAUAUCGCUUACUUGGUUACCGAUUUUACGAAACACCAGAGUUUUGGCGAAGGUGGAACAGUGGAGACGAAGCACUUGAAUACCUACAAAACUUCACAGCAACAGUCCAAAAAAAAAUCGAGAUAACCAGGAUGGCUCUCCGCGGACUUGAAUCAGUCAUUUCAGACUCGCGAUCUCGACUCACGGCUGACAUGGAGGCGUGUGAUUAUUCAGAUCAUAACGAGGUGGAAGAAUUUUGUCGGGAGGUUAUGCAGAAAGAAUACGAACGACAAACCAAUCCCGAGUCUCUCGCAACAAACCCACCACCAGAUCUGGAGGAGAUUUAUGCUAACAUAAUCGACAAGUUGUCAUUCACGUUCGAGACGUAUUUCGACGCGCUGGACGGGUUUUCUGAAAGCUUUUUGAGAUAA